AUGGAGAAUGGGAAGCAGCCUUGCACCAAGGGGCUACAGUUAACAAAAAACAUAAACCCGAAUGGAGCGCCUUCUUCCACUGGUAGCCAGGCCUUUAAGAUGAUUUCUCCGGUGGAUAUUCCAUGCGGUACUGCUCCAUUUCCUUUAUUCAAAAAACCCUCCUUCAUGAACCAUGUUGGAGAUGGCCGCAGUGGGACUAUGAAGCAAUAUCCAGAGCCUUCCCAAGGUAAGCUCAGUACUCCAGAUGAUAGAAACAAGCAAAUAUUGAUGCAACAUCAACCAUCAGAUAAGGCACCAAUCUCGGGUGAUGGAGUAGCAGCAUCUUCUAGCAGUGGUUUGCCUUUGGAUUCUGAUAAGCCUGGAAAUCAACCAAAGUCCAAAUGGGAUCGGAACCUGAACAAUUCUAACAUGGAUCCGAAAAAGCUCAAAAGGAUUCUUUCAAACAGACUUUCCGCUCAAAAAUCUAGGCAGAAAAAAUUUCAAUACAUUGAUGAAAUGGAAAGAAAGGUGAAAGCCUUAGAGGCUGAAAUAUCUUUGCUCACUCCUCAAGUAGCAGUUCAGGAACACCGGGUUGAAUUAUUGAAAAUGGAGAACAGUUUCUUGAAUCAAAAGUUGGCUUCCGUGGAAGAGAAGAAUGUGAUAAAAGAUGCUGUAGUGGAACAGAAAAGAGAGGAAGUGAGGAGGCUUAAGGAGAUUUACAGGCUUCAACAACAGCAAAUCCAGGGUAGAGGAAUGUUCGGUUGGAAAAUGGGAUUCAUGUGA